AGCAAGAGAGCGGAGUAAACUGAAUUGGUAACGAGCCGCCUUCUACGGUCUGUUCAGGUAUCCGGGAGUCCCCUGAAGAAUAAACCCGACUUCAUUCAACGACUCACUGGCCCACUGACGGGACAGUUGACAGGAGCCUCGACACACUGGGAAGCCCGGGCAGCGAAAGUGGUCGCCCGCCGCUGUUCCCGAAGCAUAGAAAGACACCAAAGAGAAACACCGUGGGAGAGAAUUCGGACUUUUCUUUAAGUGGAAGAGGCGGUCCGCUUAAACUUUCUUUAAAAGCACUCGCGAAGCGCUUCAGACACAAGUGAAGAAGAGAAAAGGGCUGCGAGUGGAGCGGCGCGUCUCCAGAGCGGGAUGCGUUUGCUCUGAAGUGGGAAGAGACGGCGAGCGCCUCCAGUGCGGCUCAGUCGCGGCAGGCUUGCUUUUCAUGGAUAUGCUAGAGAGGGACCGCUAGAAUGGAAGUGGUGGAUGAAACCGAAGCUCUGCAGAGGUUCUUUGAAGGUCACGACAUCAACGGGGCUCUGGAGCCAGCAAACAUCGACACGAGCAUUCUGGAAGAAUACAUCAGCAAAGAAGAUUCGCCAGAUAUUUGCUUCCCUGAGAUCACACCCCCAGGCUACCCUCACACCCAGCAGGGUGUACCUCCUCUACACCCUAACGCCUGUCUGUCUGCCUUCCCACCCCACCUUGGCCAGCUUAACAAGGUGUACUCCUGUAUGGUGGCUGGUCCUCCUGUCAAGAGUGAGCGCAAGGGACCCUACGCACCCGGCACUUUACCAGAAUCUCCCCCUGAUUCCAGUUCAGAACCAUACUCCCCCCAGCAAGUGAAUGAACCCCACAUGCUUCGGACCAUGACUCCCGAAAACUUGUGCCAUGUGACACCACCUUCAAGAAUGGAACACCAGCAACCUUCUGGUCCUGCCCAUAUGCAGGGUCCUCCUCCACAUCCUCACUAUCCUAGCAUGCCCCGGGACAUGUAUAUGAAGACAGAGCCAUUGAUGUCACAGUAUUCACUUGGACCCGGAAUGGUAUCCAGCGAUAUUCAGCACAGCCAGCAAAGCCAGAUGUUGCACCAGCUGUUACAGCAUCACCAAGUUGGAGCAGACGGGAUUCCAGUCCACCAGGCAAAGAAAAGGAAACAUUCAGACUCGCCUCCCAGUACUCUCAAUGCUCAGAUGCUCAAUGGUAUGAUCAAGCAGGAACCAGCAGGACUGGUGCAGGAGAGUGACGGUUCCUACCUUGAUCCAAACUACCAGUGUAUCAAGUGGCAGGCACAUCUACAAAACAAGUGGUGCGCCCUUUAUGAUGCCAACUGCAAAGAACUGCCAAUGCCAACUUACCGAGUAGAUGCUGACAAAGGAUUUAAUUUCUCUGUACCUGAUGAUGCUUUUGUGUGUCAGAAGAAAAACCAUUUCCAAGUUACAGUGUAUAUUGGAAUGCUGGGUGACCCAAAGUACAUCAAGACAAGUGAAGGAUUCAAAAGCAUUGAUUGCUUUUACCUAAAACUUAAUGGUGUCAAGCUGGAAGCCAUGAAUCAGACCAUCAAUAUUGAGCAAUCACAGUCAGACAGAAGCAAAAGGCCAUUUAAACCCGUGGUGGUUACUCUUCCUCCUGAGCAGGUAACAAAAGUUACUGUAGGACGGCUUCAUUUUAGUGAGACUACAGCAAACAACAUGAGGAAAAAGGGCAAACCUAACCCAGAUCAGAGGUAUUUCAUGUUGGUGGUAGCGCUUCAAGCUCAGUCUCAAAAUCAGAGUUACACUAUUGCAGCUCAGAUUUCGGAGAGAAUCAUUGUGCGAGCAUCAAACCCAGGGCAGUUUGAAAGUGACAGUGAUGUGUUAUGGCAACGUGGCCAGCUUCCUGACACAGUAUUUCACCAUGGUCGCGUUGGGAUCAAUACUGAUAGACCAGAUGAGGCACUGGUUGUUCACGGCAAUGUUAAAGUCAUGGGAUCUCUCAUGCAUCCAUCUGAUAUCCGGGCCAAGGAGAAUGUCCAGGAGGUAAACACAACAGAACAGCUGAAACGAAUCUCACAGAUGAGACUAGUUAAGUAUCACUACAAGCCUGAAUUUGCUGCCACUGUGGGCAUUGACACAACAGCAGAGACAGGUGUAAUAGCACAGGAAGUAAAGGAGAUUCUUCCAGAUGCGGUCAAGGAGACAGGAGAUGUUGUUUUUGCCAAUGGAGAGACAAUUGAAAACCUGCUUGUGGUGAAUAAGGAGCGUAUAUUUAUGGAGAAUGUUGGUGCAGUGAAGGAAUUGUGCAAGCUCACUGAUAACUUGGAAACUCGAAUUGAUGAGCUUGAACGAUGGAGCAGAAAGCUUGCAAAACUUAGGCGACUGGACAGCAUGAAGUCAACCAUCAGUGGAGGUACACUUAGCCAAACUGGAAGUCAGUUUAGUCGGGCUGGAAGUGGCCCCUACAAAAAAAGAACCCCCAAGGUUGAUGGAAAGAGUUCAUCAGCAUCCACUGAAAAGGGCUGCAUAAGCCAUCGCUUCCUACAGGGAACUAUUAUCGCACUAGUCAUUGUCAUGGCCUUCAGUGUCAUCUCCAUUUCUACACUCUACAUGCUAAGCUUGCAUAACCACAGUGAGGCCACAGAUGGUGGCAGUUCAGGUGCCACAUCUGUCUUCUGCUUUGUGACUGUGGCCUGGAGGCAUGACCCGACUACUAUGGUCACCCUCUGUCCUUGCGAAGGGACUCCAGAAAAAAAUUAUUCUCUUAAUGGGCCUUCCCAGCGUUCCUCAUCAAUCUCCUCCACUGGGAACCUUCCUGGAAAACCAGUGCCUUCAAGGUCCACUCAAGAUUAUGUCUCCUUUUCAACAAGCUUUUCUCAUUCUACCAGUCCAAACUCACAAGCUGUACCUCUCCAACCCAGUCAGGAACCUUGCUGUCCCAGUACAGCUAGCCAGUCAAGUACUACCCUGCACUUCAACACGAACCAAUCCACUGCAGAAUCAACUACCAUAUUAUCCACUCCUAGCAUUAGCAACAAGAAGGCCAAGUCUCGCCAGACUGAGAAGGAAAUGCGAUACAGAAGCCGUCCAAGUGGGUCAGGUACAAACAGUUACACUCCUGCUGCUCCACUUCACAGUACCCACAUUCAAGGCAAGUCCAAAAAGCCACCUGACCUGGGAAUGAACAGCAAUAAUCUACCAGACCAUGAAAGGACACUAUCCCACCGUAAGCGUAGUGCAAGAUCUCCACCAACUCUGAGGUCCUUGUGGAUUGUGGAAAUGGGUCAGCCAAUCACACAGCAAUACUGCCCCCUAGCAGAAAGUUGCAGGCCUGGAAAUUACACAUAUGCAAUUCCACUCAGAGGCAAAAACAUAACAGGAGGUGCCAUCACCCUUGAGAUGACGUCAUCGUCACCUAUGCUGGUGUUGCUUUGUGGAGUCAAUCACGGACGCCCAUGUGUCAGCAGCCUGGUUCCUCAGAAGAAACUAGAAAUCACUCGGACACAGGGGGUCGAUCACCAGUGGCCUUUAAUGGUUGCUCCAUUCCACAACCUCACAUACCACUUUCGUGUGUCGGAAUCUCAGCACGUGGCCUGUGAUUCUAAGAAUGGAGAGGAUGGACGCAUGGUUACCGACUACUACUUCCGAUUCCUGCAAGUCUGCGUCUGAGAGACAGUCGAAGGAAAGCAUCCUGGGAAAGAAAAUACUUGGCUUGGACCUCCUUGCAUCAGCUACAUUCUGUCAUACAACCUUUAUCCCCCCUCCUCCAUUUGGAGCUACAGGAUUUGGCUCAGAAUUUAAGGAGUCCAGUUCGCCAUUCUGUGCCUUCACGAAAAUGUAUACUUAUCUUUGCACCGUCAUAGUUUGGGGACAACAUUUUCAUCCCUGCAGGUAAUCUCCUUCCUGCUCAAGCUCUUACUGUGAGCACAGCCUCUGGGUAUGCACUGAACAGUUCGUGCCAAAGAACUUGAAAGAGGAUGACGAAGAUAAAAAUGACGAGAAAGACCAAAGCAGACUAUCACAGCCUUGCAUUGGAUGGACAGUUAGGUCAAAAGGGGUGGAAGAUACGUAGUUGGCAUUUGGUUUAAUCCCUCCCUUUUAUUCAAAGAAAUAUUAGUAUUUAAUUGUGUUAUUUUUGUUAUGCCAAGUAGAAUUAGUUCAUUAUUUAGAGGUAUGGCUACCAGCCUAACUGGUAGGGAAACUUCCCAAACACCAAAUAUGGGUAAUUAAUUGCACAUAGAAGAUGCUUUUAUUUCAUUCAUUGAUCAACACUGCUGUCCUUGUUUAUCCCUGACCAAUAACUGGAUUAUUUAAAGCUUUUACACUGGAUAGUACUGGUCAGAACUGGCAAUUAGCAGAAUCCCAAUGUAGCAUGACCUGCAUAUCCUACUGCAGUUACACUGGAUUGAAAGUGCUGUCAUCUCAUUCGGCUAGUCUAGGGUUCGAGCGGCCAUGCCACAGAACCUCAGCCCUGUUCACAAAGCUGCGUGUUGGUACACUGGAACUUUGAUCGUUUCUCAUUGAAAGCCGCCUCCAAUAUCGGGUAGAAUACUGGACUUGUACUUGCAUGUGGUGGCAAGGCUUUGAUUUGUGAUAAAACACAGUGGUUGCUUCUUCAAACAGCAUAACUUGGGGUGAGCUGUCGAUGUUACUCUGAGCCGUCAGCCUUGUGUGUGUUGGAAAGAAGAGGUGCACGGCUUAGAAGUGAGGAACUCUACAUAGCCCACUUUUCUCGGGUGAAAAACAAGUCCGUCAUAGGAAGUCCGCUAGCAUUAGCCAGCAUCUGUGCUGUACAUUGUGCAUUCGCUUAAAGAAUUAUUAUAUUUUCAGGUCACAGCUGGAGCGAUGAGAGGCGCUUCAAACUUCUGCUUGUUUUUUAAUGACUUUCUGUGCUUUGUGUAGUCUUCUUCUGUUUAAUACACUCAGAUUUCCUUAUCUGUGGAAGGUUGGUGCCCUGCCUGAGGUUUGUUUCCUGCCUUCUGCUCUGUGUUGGCUGGGAUUGGCUCCAGCAGACCCCCGUGACCCUGUAGUUUGGAUAUAGCGGGUUGGAUAAUGGAUGGAUGGAUGAUUUCCUUAUUUGACAUUGAUCACAAUGACACAUCUGACUCAAAUUCAUGGGGGAUGAAGACCCAGAUGAAGACAUAUUGCUUACAGUGGUCUGUUUUUUUUAUUUUCUUUCCCCUAUUCCAUCAUGUCCAGCUCUCUAGUUCUAAAAAUGCGUGCUUUCUCUAACUAAUUGGAGAAAUCCAAACCUUAAUAGUGAAACAUGACAAGGUUGUGGAGAUACCAUUGGACAACAUUACCCUUGAUGACCUCCUGCUGGGACAGGACUAUCACAGACCCAAGGCAUUACCUUCCAUGUUCACCGGUAACACAAGUAACGUUUUUAAGUAUCGAUUAUAACCCAAAUUAUUAAAAUGAUUUUUUAGACAUUGGAAGACGAGUAGAGGUUCAUGAGAUUCGUCAGCCAUGGACUUGAGAAUCCUUGCUUUGAAAGAAAGUGGCCAUAGUGAGAAAGAAAAGGUCUUCUUGUCUGUUUUGCUUUAAUCAUCCAACUACAUGUCCAAUGAGUACCACAGAUUGCAUUGAUAUAUUUAUAUAUAUAUAUUUUUUCGUCUUUAAACACUGUCAAUACUCUCUAAAAGCACUACUUAUUAAACGCCUUACACUAUUUAUGACUGCUCAUAUAUCAAUGCACAACUUAGAGAGAACUGAUGAUAGCAUAAAGUGCCAAGACAUAAAAUGUUUAUUUUUUCUAAACAUAGGAAUAUAGCAUUUUGUAAUAGGUUGUUUUUUUAGCCAAUAGGAGAUGUCACAUAGGAAUAUUUGCCAUUCUGCUGUGACGAGUCUGCUCUCACAGCUGCACUGAACACACUCGCCCGCUCACUCCGACAUCUGCGCCUUUCCUCCAUAGUUGACCUCCAUUAAAUGAGCGCACUGGGGAAGUCCUUCUACAUCCAUGUGGACGGUGCUUCAUGUGAGCUCUUCUAGCACAUCAGUAGACCUGCUCCCACCCUGCUUUCUAGGUAGACGCCGUGGAAAGCCCAGUCAUUUGGGGGCCCUGUGCCCACUGAAACACAUUCGCUGCACGAGUCUGCAGAUUUUACAGUGCAUUGUUUUGUGCUGAAACAAUGUAUGAUUAACCUUUUUCUGCAUCAUACAUAAACCAAAAUUAAAGAGCAAUCCAAUUUCUGUCAGGACAAUAUUGUUUUUAAACAUCACACUUUCCAAGGUGCAAAGAAAGGGGCCAAAUUUUUAUUAUUAUUAUUAUUCAACCUUCAAAAUUUCAAAUAACCUUUUAAAAAUUGCAUCCAAAAAUAAACCACUGAGCAACUUAAAAAUGUACUAAACAGGAUAUAAAGCUUAAAGCUAUUGUAAAUAUGUAUUUUAUCUGCUGUUGCAAUCAAAUCUGUUUAAUUUUUAAAGCACUAAUUUCUACUUUUAUUUUUACAAUCACUGAUUUUUUUAAAUCAUUUGUAUAUGACAACAGACUACUUGUGUGUUAUGUAUCCUACUUAGUAGUGAGAUGGCGCCCUCUAGUGGGCUGAGCCUGUAAUUAGUACUUUUGUUCUGUUACUGCUCUAAAUAUUUAUUGUGUCCUUAUUUCACCAACUCGGUUCGGCUUUGUGGAACUGGAAAAACUUUUAACUCCUUACUUGAUGCUUCCGUGCGUUGUUAACAUGCUCUGUUUUACGUUGUAUUGUCCUUUU